AUGGCGACAACUUCGCCGGACGCUAUAAGCGCGUACAUCUUGACCUACAACUGUGGCUUAUCCGCCAUCGAUACCGACGCAUUCGCAUCCCAACUAUUCGCUGGCCUAGCAUCCUCAAAGCUGCCUGACCUCCUCGUCCUCUGUCUUCAAGAGAUCGCACCUAUCCCCUUCGCCCUCAUUGGAGGAACAUUCCUCGCACCAUAUUUCAACAAGUUCCACGAAGCAGUACACAAGGCAGCGCGAAAGCUCGCAAACGAGGACGACGAUGAACCCAUAUAUACCCCAAUAUCGGCGCGGAAUCUGGGCAUGGUUGGGAUCAUGAUAUUUGCGAGGAAUCCUAAAGCGAUACGUGAUAUAGAGACAGGAGGCGUUGGUGUGGGGUUGGCUGAAAUGGGAAAUAAAGGCGCGAUGGGAGUACGAUUUACGUAUCAGGAUGGAGGUCGCUCAACUCAAUUGACGUUUGUUGCGGCCCAUCUAGCGCCAAUGGAAGAUCAAGUAGAGCGGAGGAAUGAGGAUUUCAAGAAUAUCGCUCGUGGCCUGGUAUUUACAUCCUCUACAGCGGAGAGCAAGAAGAACGACACCUCUCUCUCGGACGAAGGCAGACCACUGCUGUCAAUCUCCUCAAGAGAUGCCUCCAUCUACAAACCCACCUCCCACCUGUUCUUUGCGGGAGACUUGAAUUAUCGCACCUCUACACUGUCACCCGCAUCGACAGAUCACAAAGAUCAGUUCCCCCAGCCUCGUCUUGACUCCUCCGCUCCAAACCACUACUCCAAACUCUUCGAGUCCGAUCAACUAAACCAGGAGCGUCUAGCAGGAAGGACUUGUCAAGGGCUUACAGAAGCGAGUGUCACGUUUCCACCAACCUACAAGUACCAGCUCAAAGAACCAUUUCUCAAAUCCGACGAGGAACUUUCGGAAUGGAAAUGGGCAAGACAUCGUUGGCCAAGCUGGACCGACCGUAUUCUCUACCUCGACACACCAUCAUGGAUAUCCCGAGACAAUCCGAAUGCGAAAAUUACUACACACAAAUACACUGCUUUACCCUUACUUCCCACAUCAGAUCAUCGGCCAGUGGCGCUUGAUGUGUCGAUACCUUUAAUCUCCAUCCCAACCCCGCGUGAAGAUGAUAGGGAUGAUCCUAGAGUACAUCCACCAUUCAAUAUCAACGUGAAUUGGAAGGAGCAGAGGAGACGUGCUCGCAUGCUGGAACUGAUCGCAGGGUUUGUGAUGUAUUUCACCACAACGGCGGAGGGUGGUGGUCUGUUGGUUUUGAUGACUGCGGGUGCGGUUAGUGGCUACUUCGCUAUUCGAUCGAUUGUUGAGAUGUAG